AUUCGGCAGCAGAUGGCUGUUAGAUAGGCCUGCUUCUAUGCAGGCUGUGGAGAGCCUUCAGUUCCAUUUCGUUUUAGUAUUUCCUUCGCUCAUAGCUUAGUUUCGCUAUGCAAAACAACAUGCAAAUAGCACAAGCUAACUGACACAUCACAUUUGACGAAAGGAGUUGCUCCGAGAACCAACACUUGCGGAACAAAUGGCGGGGCGCACGAUAGAGCAGGGCGUCAGCCUGCUGACCGCUGCGGAGAUUCGAGUGGCGGUGCUGCCGGUGGGGCCGGUGCCGCGAGACGUGAUGGACGAGUACAUGGAGCUCAUCAACAAGUAUCAUCACGUCUCACUCUCGGCAACCAGGUCCUUCUAUCGCGAGGCGGGCGCGGGCGGCCCGGGGGGCGCGGCCGCCGGCGCGGGCGGCAACACGCCCUUCGCCUACCUGGACUGGAGCACAGCCGUCAUGCACCUGCGCUUCCUGCAGGCCGAGGACGCUCGGCGGCGCACGCGGCUGCCCGACCUGCACCCGGGGCGUCAGGUGCUGGCGCUGCUGGGCGUGGUGUACGGCCCCAUGUGCGCGGGCGUGCAGCAGGCAUACGAUGACUUCAAGAAGGUCUGCAGGUCCUACCCCGAGGCCUUCGUGUCCCGCUGCUUCUUCUUCGAGCCCGCGGAGGAGCACCUGCGCCAGGAGCGGGCGUGUGCGGGGCCGCAGCAGCCGCUCACAGACCUCGUCAUGUUCCCGCCGGGCGGACCCAGCCACCUGGAGCAGCACCUGGAGGUGUGGAUGUCGGACCUGGCGGCGGCGCUGCUGAGCCAGUUCGAGCUGUGGAUGCGCACCGCCAGCCCCGCAGUCAUGAAGCUGACGGGCUACGCCGACUCGGCCGAGUUCACGGGCUCCAGCGCCGUGCUGGACGAGGUGCAGAAGCGGCUGCUGGUGGGGCUGCCCUCGCUGGGUGAGGGCGAGGCGCGCGAGCGGCAGCGCUGGGGCCGGCUGGCCAAGAUGAAGGGCGACAUGUGCCUGCUGUGCGGCUCGCCGAGGGACGCCGCGGAGCACUACAAGGAGGUGGCGGAGGUGGCCAAGGCCUGCGGCGACUGGGUCUGGUACGGAGCUGCCAUGGAGGGCCUGGCGACUGCGCGAUUCCAUGAGGUCGUUCUCGGCGGCGGCGGCGGCGGCGCGGCGGCGGCGGACGGCGGCGCGGGGGGAGGCCGCGGCAAGUCGUUCUCGGGAGCGCGAGGACGCGGCGGCGGCGGCGGCAGUGGCACAGCAGGCUUCAUGACCCCGGCCCGCUGGGACGCGGUCCGGCGUGCCGGCGUGGAGUCCUACGUGCGCGAGUGCUUUGCUGAGGCUCGCGCCGCCUACAAGAAGCGCGGCGGCUGUGCGCCCCUGGCGGCGGAGCAGGCGCUGAAGCUGGCGAGGCUGGUGGCGGGGCUGAGGGCGGGAGGCGGCGGCGGAGGCGGAGGCGGCGGCGGAGGUGCAGGCGGCGCGGUGUCGGCACGGAAAGAGGUUGUUGAGCUGAUGUCGGGUCUGACGGACCUGCUGCCGUCCGUCCCCUCGCUGGAGGACCGGCUGGUGGGGCAGGUGGAGUGCGCGCAGGUGCUGGGCAUGGUGGGCUGCCUUCGCAAGCGGCGGCUGCUGCUGUGGCACUGCCUGGAGCUGGCGCGGGCGGUGGGCGCCAUGGACCGCGGCGAUGUGCUGCGGCUGGCGCUCAGGGCGCUGGAGCCGCCAGACGACCCGCAGGCGCAGGACCCGGACGACCUGCCCAAGGUGCAUUGGAGCCUGCGGCGGCUGGGGCUGGGGCCGGCCGGCAGUAGCAGCGCCAACAGCGGCAGUGGCGGCAGUAGCAGCAGCACGGGCGGCUCGUGCGGCUGGGAGGCUGUCAACACCGUGGCACUGGAGGCGGCCCUGACGGCGGCCAAGCAGGCGCACGCGCCCGCAGAGGCCUGGGAGGCGGCCGCGGCGCUCCUGCGCGACCACCACACCGCGCUGGGUCCCGCCCACCAAGCAGCGCUAGCGGAAGCCCUGGCGGCCGCCUCCGCCGCCCUACCCGCCCGCCAGCGCCUGCGCCCUGGCGCCGGCCCGGGCCCGCUGGUGCAGCUGAAGCGGCUACUGCCUGCGGCGCCGCCGCUACAGCCCACGCCGCUGGGCCUCACAGCCGCGGGCGCGAUCGCUGUGGGUGGAGCCGGAGGCGGCGGCGGGCGCGGUCGCGGCGGCGGCGGUGGCGGCGGUCCGUUCAUUUUCAACCCGUAUGCGGCCAAACGCCAGGCUAAGCAGGACGAGGCGGCGGCGAUAGAGUGGACGUGCAACGACGAGGGCCGGGUGGAGGUGUAUCUCAUCAACCCCCUGUCCGUGCCGCUCAAGAUUGACAUGCUACAGCUGCACGUCAAGUACCUCGGCAGCGGCAGUAGCAGCAGCGGCAGUAGCAGCGGCGGCUCCAUGCAUGGCUCCUCAGCGGCGGCUGGGGCUGUAGCAGCAGCAGCAGCCGGCACUGGGAGCGGGCUCAACGCCGCGCCCCUCCCCGCUCCCGCAAGCCAGACCGGCGGCGGCAGUAGCACCACCACCACCACCGGCAGCAGCACCACCAACCACAACGGCGGCGGCGGCGCCUCUUUCGCUCGAACCUCCAACACCGCCUCUGGCGGCAGUAGCAAGGCUGCGUCCAGCUCUGGCACCGCGGCUCCUGGUGCAGCUACAGCCGGCGGCGCGGCCUCGCAGCAGCACUUCCGAACGCCGGCUCUGACACUGGUGCUGGCGCCCAACGGCCGGCCGCACCGGGUGGUGCUGUGUGGCAAGCCGCAGCAGCCCGGCAGCUACGCCAUCGAGGGGUGCCUGAUCACGGCGUGGGGAGUGACCUGGUCGGCGCCCUUCGCCGUGCCGCUGAAACGCAUGGUGUCAGGCGGUGCCCGCAUCCCCGCCGCCUCCUCCUCCGCCUCGCCUACGUCUGCGUCCGGAGUCGGCGGGGCUGCCACGGGCGCGGUUGCGGCGGCGGCUGCAGCCGCGGCGCCGGCGGGGCGGCAGCAGCUGCUGCCGCGUAACGCCAGCGCGGCGUGCCCGGGGUCGGCGGCGGCGGCGUGGGUGCCGGCGGGGCCCAUGGGCGUGCACGUGCUGCCGCCCCUGCCGCUGGUCAAGGCCAUUGUGCGGGCCAGCCCCGCCGGCGGCCCACUCGCCUCCGCGCCCUCCGCGCCGCCCACGCCGCAUGCAUCUGCAAGCGGCGGCGGCGGCGGCUCCCAGCCGGGUACGCCGCACGGCCAGGCGCAGCCCGCACAGCACACGGCGCAGCCGCCACAGCACGACGCCACCGUCGUGGCAGUGGCGCCGCGCGAGGACGACAUCCACGCCCAGCCGACCCACCACGGCGCCUUCGCCGAGGACCUGCAGCGCUCUCCCGCCGUGUCCGUGUUUGAGGGCCAGCGCCUGUCCUGGAGCCUCACGCUGCACAACCUGGGUGGGGGCGGAGCAGGUGGAGGAGGGGGAGGAGGGGGAGGAGGAGGCGGAGCAGGAGGAGCAGCAGCCGCAGGCGGCACAGGGGGCGGCGGCGGGCUGCCAGUGACAGCGAUGGCUGUGGUGGUCACAAACCACAAGGGCGCGCCGCUCAAGCCACUGCGGGGGGCGCCGCUGCCGGCGUCAUUCUUGGGUGUGCACUUGGAAGUGGACGACUCGGCAUUGCAGCCGCCGCAGCAGCAGCAGGCGGGCGGCGGCGGCGGCGUGCCGCCCACGCCCUCCUCAGCAGCCGUCACCUCCCCGCGCCCCGGCGGCCCAGCCUCGGCCGCCUCAGGGCCCCUGAGCCCGCUGAGCAACGUCAGCGGCGGCUGCGCGCUGCCGCUGCGGCCGGGCGGGGUGGUGACGCUGCCGCUGACGCUGGCUGUGGGUCAGGCGCCAAGAGGGACGUUCCGGGAGGUGUCGCUGGAGCUCACCAUCUACUACCUCCACAAACCCGCCACGCCGCCGCCCACCUCCUCCGACGACCCCGCCGCCUCCACCACGCCUGCCGCCGCUGCUGCUCCUGUCCUGGGCCGGCGCAUGAGCGUGACCCUGACGUUUGAGAUCCAGCCCUCGCUGGCCGUGGCCUCCACGUCCUUCCUGGAGCACUACGCGCCGCUGCGGUGCGGCCGCCGCCUGGAGCUGGACAGGCCGAUGGAUAUGCGGGACAUUGCGCAUUCGGUCGGGGCAGGCGGCGGCGGCGGCGCCGGCGAUUGCGGCAGCGAUUGGGCCGCUGACGGCGGCGCCGCAUCGCGCUGCGCCAGCCUCGCGGCGUUCGACGACGCAGGGCUGGUGCCGCGAUUGCGUGCCGCCAACGCCAGCGGUGUCGGCGGCGGCCGCAGCAGCUACAGCGGCGGCCCCUCCGCCGCCGCCGCCGCCACCGGGGGGUCGUCCUUCAUCCGCCGCGGCGGCGGCGGCGGCGGCGGUGGCACUGCUGGCGGCGCCGGCGGCGGCGUGAGCCACGCCGGCCACGGCCACGCCGCUAGCAGCGCGAGUGGCCUCAUGAGCGCUCGACUGGCUGGGCUGGAUUUGAGCGUGGGGGCGGCGGCCGCAGGCGGCGGAGGCGGCAUGGGUCUGAGCAGGGCCUUUUCGCGCCGGUCGGCGUUUGCCCUGCCUGGCGGCGGCGGCGGCGGCGGCGGCAGCGGCAGCACGGGGUGGCUGUGCCUGGACGACCCGCGGGAGGGGGCGGGCGGGGCGGCGAGGGCCACAUGGGGUGGCGCGGGUUUCGUGCCGCCGCCGCCCCUUGACGAUCCGCUCGGCUCGUUCGCGCGCUUGAGCGCCGGCGACGUGCCAGACCCGCGCGCGGCGCCCGGCGGCGGCAGCGGCGGCGGUGGGCGGCACCUGUCUGACGGCGGCGGCGCGGGCGGCGGCGGCGGUGGCGGGCGGCGGAGCGGCCCCGGCGGCGGCCUGGGCGAGGACGAGCCGUCACUGGUGUCGGCUGUGGUGAUGCCGCAGGGCCCUGAUGACGCGCUGGGCAGUGUGACCGACAGCGUACUGUGCGUGGCGCUGAGGAACACCAGCAACUACUACUUCAGAGCCUGGCUGGCACCCCUGGGCGAGGGCGGCGCACCGCCACUCCUGACGGCCGCCGCCGCCGCCGCCGCCGGCUGCCCCGUGGAGGUGCUGCAGCCGGGCGACACCGCCCGCCUCGCCGCCACCCUGCCCUCCGCCGCCCUCGCAGCCAUCAGCACCCUAGCAGCGGAGCCCGGCGCCUCGGACGGCGGCGGCGCCGGCGGCUCGCCGGCACGGCCGCCGCUGCUGGCGUCGCCGACCAUGCGCCUGCGCAGCGGUCGGGUGCAACUGACUGUGACGCCGCCGGGUGGCGGCGCCGCCGCGCCGCCGGCGGCGGAGGCCGCCGACGGCGAAGCCGGCGGCACCACCGCCGCCACUGACAGCGCCGCCGCCGCCGCCGCCGCCGCCGGCAGUGAGCUGACGGAGGAGCCGGACCGCAUGGCGGCGGCGGAGGCGCUGGCGGAGGGCUGGGUGGUGGUGUGGGAGCUGGUGACGGCUCUCAGCGAGGCGGCGGCGGGGCGGGCGCCGCCGCGGGGCGUGCUGCGGCUGUCGGCGGUGGACAUUGCGAGGAGUAUGUCCACCGCUGCGGUCAACACGCUGCAGCCGUCCACAGUGCACUUCCAGUUCCAGGCGCUGCCGGCACUGCCCGACGGCCUGACCUCGCACCCCCGACUCAAGGACCUCACGUACAGGCUGCAGGCGCUGGGCCUGGUGCCGCCGCACGCCGCCGGCUCCGUGUGGGGCUUGCGCGCGCAGCUGGGUGAGGUGCUGCGGGUGGAACUGCUCGCCACCAAUCGGGGCACGCGGCCGCACCACCUGCUGCUGUCGCUGGGGGCAGCCAACCUGUCGGCGAGCGCCGCCCUGCACCUGUACGACCACAACCACCACAACGGCCACUACCACAACGGCCACCACGGCCCAGCCGGGCAGGGGCAGGGGCACCCUGCCAACUACCACGGCCCGCUCGGCCAACCGCCGCAGCAACAGCAGCAGUACCAGCAGGGAAUGCCGCACCAGGCGAUGCCGUACAGCGACGGUUACGGCGGGUACGGUUACGGUGGCGGAAGCGGCGUAGGGCCGAUGGUGCCGCCGGCCCUUUCUGGUGGUGGCGGCGGUUGGUAUGGCAACGGUUAUGGUUACAAUGUCGCCAUGGCGGCGCAGCCAGUGACGCCGGAGCCCGGCAUUGACCCGGGAGUGGCGAUGGUGGGCGCCGUACGGAACGUGCACGUGGUGCUGCAGCCGCGCAGCACGGUACGGCAGGAGCUGGCGCUUAUGUUCGUACAGCCGGGGCUUUACCAGCUGUACGUGUACGACGUGGCUGUCGUACCAGAGGGCGCGGACGCGGGACUGUGGGCGGGUCGGCCGGGGCAGGCGCCGCAGCCGCAGCGUGUGUACGCCUCGGUGGACCGCCUACACGUGCUGUGCCUGUAGGCUGUAGCAGCUGUAGUGGCUGUAGCGCCACCAGCCACCGUGCCUGUGGCGCCAGCCCGUGUCAUGUCAGCGCGUGCCGCCACCAUGUGUGUGUCUAUGCUCUCUGGUAAUUUGGCCUGCCGUGUGCAUGGGCGGCUGUGGGGCGUUGAUGUGGGUGGGUAUUGCAUGCGGCGGUGAGGCUGUGGGGGGCUGCGGCUUGGCUUUGACUUGCUGUGCGCAGCACUUGGGACGGGUCACACGGGUCACACGGGUGGAAGUCAGCCACAAGGGGGGAGGGCUGCCCUCCGCUCCCAGGGCUGUCAGUGUGGUGCCGCAUACUAGAGCGCCGUGGAACACAUACUUGCCCUGUCCUGCGCUCUGGGGAUGAGGUUGCAUGGAACUACGGAGACGCAGGGCCCAUGUUUGGCAGUGUGACGGACGAUUUGGAAGUCGAUCGCUUGAAGCCGUGUACAGUGGACAUCCAGGGCUCUCCCACGCCGACUUAAUCACGUACAGCUGCGAACACGUAUCACAACGACACGAGGCGUCGUCGAGGUCAAGUACGAGGAUAGCUACUUCGCCCGGUGUGUUGGCCAGGGGAUUGGCCAGUAUUGGCCGGUGAACCUGGUAACGGACCGCCUGUAGGAGCAGUAAACCUAGGAUGGCAACAGAGGACAGUGACCAGGUUCGGGGCGGAGGCGGCGCUGCCCGGCGGCACGCAGCAGCAGCUGGCGGCGAAGAGUCGCAGCCUGCAUUGCGGGCCUGCGGCCCGCCGCGGACUGAAGCAGGACAGUCCGGUGUUCUACAGCGGAACUGGCUUCCACAAACUGUGCGGCGGGAGCACCGUCAUUGAGAAGGUGCCCAGCCGCCCGGACAAGCCGCCCGGACAAGCCAUCACAGGUUGCGACCACUGCGGGCGCCCGUUCGUUUUCAGCAUUGCGCUGAACGGGCUGAAGGUGGUGGAGGAGGAGGAGGUGGAGGUGGAGGAGCAGUGACGGCACUGGCUGAGCUGAUGGCGCUGGUGUGGUGUAGGCCUCGCUAGCGGUCCACGCGGCCGGAUGUGUUUGCCUGUUUGGUGAGGUGGUGACCAUUGGGCAAGGGUGGCGGGGUACUGAUGUGGGGGGAUGUGCGGCGUGCGUGGGUGGCGUGGAUUGUGUGGGGGCGAUUUAAGAGGCUCGGGAACAAGCAAGCUGCAAGGGUGAGGGCGAGGGGUCCUGCCAGGGGAGGCCCUCCCCUGGGCCCUGCGUUCUUGCGUCGCAGUGUCAAACAUCAGGGGGCGCCUGCAGGGAUGACGCGCCGGUGCCUGCAGUAUGAUCCAGACCACCUAUGAUUUUGGGAGCAACGCGUCCUCGAUAACGUUGUGCAAGGGUGCAGCAGCGUCGAACGACUCCGACGGGGGUCACGGAUGUAACGAACGUUCACU